AUGUACCAAAUCAAAUCUAUAUUUCUCAUCGCUUUGUGCACUCACUUAGUAUAUUCCUACCCUUUACUGGCCCGAGGAAACUAUGAGGGUAAGGCAAGAGACUCGCACUGGGUGAAUAUAUGGACCACUAUGCCCCAGUUGGUCGAGCCCGCUAAUCUACCCCCUGCUCCAUUCAAUGGAUCCACUGCUGUGUUCAGUAAUACUACAAUUCGUCAAACCCUCCAGGUUUCAUUAGCUGCACAGGAGAUCCGCAUUCGACUAUCUAAUUCAUUUGGGCCAACCGGUCUCAAGAUUACCAGUGCGACUAUUAGCAUACCAGCGAGCCAGCAGGUGGGAGUCAGUGGGCUACAGACAGAGACAUUGAGAACUGUGUUCUUCAAUGGAAGCCCAGAUGUGGAUAUCCCCAACGGUGGGCUGGUUGUGUCUGACCCAGUGAAGUUCCCUGUUAAGGCCCAAUCCCCUCUCAUGAUCAAUAUAUAUCUUGCAGAGGGACAGGAAGGUUUCUCUAUUACUGGCCACCCCGGAAGUAGAACAACUUCAUACCUGGCUUUGGGGGACUGGACAGGCGCAGAGAACCUCACAGACUCAUCUGUUAAAAGCACAGAUCAUUGGUACUUGAUCAGUGGAGUAGAGGCUUGGCUACCUUCUGAGUCUAGUGGCUUCGCGAUCAUUGGUGACAGUAUCACCGAUGGGCGAGGAAGCACUACAAAUGGCAAUGAUCGUUGGCCGGAUUUGUUGCUAGCAAGAAUGCAAAAGAAUAAACCCACGUCAAACAUCGCCAUUCUCAACCAGGCCGCAGGGGGAAAUCGCAUCCUACAAGAUGGCCUAGGUCCAAAUGUGAUCAGCCGUCUUGACCGGGACGUCCUAGCACAAUCUGGAGUGCAAUAUGCGAUGAUCUUCGAAGGCGUCAAUGAUAUUGGCGUCGCUGAUAGUGAUGCAGCUACGCAGGCGGAGAUUGAGAAGAAUCUUAUUGGGGCAUAUAAACAGAUCGCGACACGAGUGCAUGCCCUAGGAAUUCCGGUAUUUGGCGCUACUAUCACGCCAUUUGGCUCGUCGGCAAGCUCCGACUAUGUGCAACCUUACUCAAGUCCUGAGCGAGAGAGAACUCGUCAACGAAUCAAUAAAUUUAUCCGGGAAAGCGGCGUAUUUGAUGCGGUGCUGGACUUUGACCGGGCGUUGAGGGAUCCGCACGCGCCAUCUCAGUUACUGGAAAAAUACGACUCGGGAGACCAUCUUCAUCCUACUGUGGCGGGGUAUCAAGCAUUGGCUGAUUAUUUCCCUCUUGGGGUAUUCGAGUGA